UAUAUUCCAAGAAAAAAUUAAUUAAAGAAGAUGGUAGACACGAACACGGCGGCGGUGAUCAUGAUGAUGAGCACAACAUCAUGGAUUUGGGCGGGAGUUGUUGCAGCAAUAACAACAAUAAUGUUAUCGCUCGUCGUCGUUUCGAAAGAGACGACGACCAAAAAGAAGAAGAAAAGGUUGCCCCCGGGUCCUAAAGGGCUUCCCAUAGUUGGGCACCUCCAUUUGAUAAGCAAAAACAACCCUCACCGGGAUUUUCACAAGCUCUCCCAAAUCCAUGGCCCCGUCAUGCAUCUCCGGUUCGGGUCGGUGGACAACAUCGUGGUCUCCUCCCCGGGGGCAGCCGAGCGGUUCCUGAAAACACACGAUCUCAAUUUCGCGACGAGACCGCCCAUGGAGAUGAUCAAGCACCUAACGUAUGGCCAGAAGGACUUGGUGUUUGGGCAGUACGGGGAGCUCUGGCGCGAGAUGCGCAAACUCUUCACGGUGCAGCUCCUCACCAGCCACAAGAUCAAUUUGCACGAGUCGACGAGAAGGGAGGAGUUGUGCCUUCUCGUAGACUCUUUGAAGCAGUCGGCCCGCCGCGGGGAGGCCGUGGACUUGAGUGCCAAAGUGGCGUCCAUGAGUGGGAACAUGAGCUGUAGGAUGUUGUUCGGGAAGAAGUACGAGGAAAAGGAUAUGGUUGACAAAGAAGGCGGGCUGAAGGCUGUCUUUUCCGAGGUGGUCCGGGUGGGGGGUAUCCCUAACCUAGGGGAUUUUUUCCCUUUUCUUGGUGCGCUUGAUGUCCAAGGGUUGGGUCAAAGGAUGAAGGCGGCCGCCAAGCUCUUAGACCAAUUCCUUGAGAAGAUCAUUGAUGAGCAUGAACACCCGGCGGCGGCGCCACCUCCAAUGUUAGAAGACAUUGUCCACAUCAUUCUCCGAAUUAUGAAUAACAAGGAGACUUCAUUUCCCUUCACACGUGAACAUGUCAAAUCUAUGAUGGUGGAUUUGCUUGUGGCUUCAAUUGACACAUCAUCAACAGCCAUAGAGUGGAUAAUGUCAGAACUUAUAAAGAACCCAACAAUGAUGCUGAAAUUGAAGAAAGAGUUGGAGAGACAAGUAGGGCCUGAGAGAAUGGUGGCUGAGAAGGACUUGGAGGGCUUGAAAUAUUUAGAAAUGGUGAUAAAAGAGACGUUCAGGUUUCAUCCCGUGGGACCUUUCUUACUCCCUCAUGCAGCCAUGGAGGAUUGCACGGUUGACGACUUUCACGUACCGAAAAACGCCAGAGUUAUAAUAAGCCUUUGGGCAAUCGGGCGGGACCCAGACGUGUGGAGCGAUCCCGAGAGGUUCAACCCCGAGAGGUUUGAUGGAAGCAAUAUUGAUUACAGAGGUCAAAACUUCGAGCUCCUCCCGUUCGGGUCGGGGAGGAGGGGUUGUCCUGGCUUGCAGCUUGGAAUCACCGCGGUUCGGCUAGUGGUUGCACAAUUGGUGCACUGCUUCGAUUGGAGCCUCCCAAACGGGGCUCCACUCGAAGACUUGGACAUGACCGAGGAAUUUGGUCUUGUCAUGAGUCGAGCCCAAAGUUUAAUGGCUGUCCCUACUUACAAACUGUAUACAUGACUCGUAAAAUGGUUAGAAACAACAACCAAUAUGCCUACACAUGCCAAUAAUAUGUUCGUGUCAUUUGUUUGAAUAAAUAAAUAUUUGUGAAAGCUCUUUAAAUAAAACAACUAUUUGGUGACAUGAGCCCUCUUGUAAGGUGUGUAUUUGGUCGAGAUAGUAAUGGUAAAGAAGAAAGCUGAGGAGGUUGA